GGGGUCUCCUGGGGGCGGGCGGGUCCCCUCGGGGGGCUCGGUCUUGGCGGGCGGGCGGGCCGGCCCAGGGGCUCCGCAGCCCUCCCCGUAGGGCCCUGCCCGCCUCCUCUUCCUCCCGCGUAAGGGCUGGCUGGCUGGUUGGGCAUGACUUGGCAUCCUGGCUGCAGCAGAACAUAGCCUGGGAGCAACAUGUCCCGAAGAUAUGAUUCAAGAACCACCAUCUUCUCCCCAGAGGGUCGCCUCUACCAGGUGGAGUAUGCGAUGGAAGCCAUUGGGCACGCGGGCACCUGCCUAGGAAUUCUAGCAAACGAUGGAGUCUUACUGGCCGCUGAGCGUCGCAACAUCCACAAACUUCUGGAUGAGGUCUUCUUUUCGGAGAAAAUAUACAAGCUGAAUGAGGACAUGGCGUGCAGCGUGGCCGGCAUUACUUCAGACGCCAACGUGCUGACCAAUGAGCUGAGGCUGAUAGCGCAAAGAUAUCUGUUGCAGUACCAGGAGCCGAUCCCUUGCGAGCAGCUGGUCACCGCCCUAUGUGAUAUCAAGCAAGCUUACACACAGUUUGGGGGAAAACGUCCCUUUGGGGUCUCGCUGCUGUACAUCGGCUGGGAUAAACAUUACGGGUUCCAGCUGUAUCAGAGUGAUCCCAGCGGAAACUACGGCGGGUGGAAAGCCACAUGCAUCGGAAACAACAGCGCCGCAGCUGUCUCAAUGUUGAAGCAGGACUACAAAGAGGGAGACAUGACUUUGAAAUCCGCACUCGCUUUAGCUGUCAAAGUCCUGAACAAGACCAUGGACGUUAGUAAGCUGUCUGCAGAGAAAGUUGAAAUUGCAACCCUCACGCGAGAGAAUGGGAAGACAGUAAUCAGGGUUUUAAAGCAAAAAGAAGUGGAGGUGUUGAUCAAGAAGCACGAAGAGGAGGAAGCGAAAGCCGAGCGCGAAAAGAAAGAGAAAGAGCAGAGAGAAAAAGAUAAAUAAACCAAGGCCCCGGAAGGUGGGAGAAAAGGGUCUGUUUGUACAGAAUUUGAGAUAUGUGCACAUGGGCGUGGAAGGAGCCAGAAAUUCUACGCACCGAUUCAGCUCGUUAUACCAUUGAAGCGAAUUAUUCCUGCCCUCCUUCACUUGGUUUCUUUCCAUCUUUAAUUCUUCUUUUUUUUAUUGCACAAUAAAAAACUUUUAAAAAACGAUGCUGUCAGAAGUUU